GCACUUUCACUUUCAGUAGCCGACAUCGGGAACGGGAAGUUUGGGCUUCAUCAGAUCGGCAUCGAUAAUUCCAUACUUUCGUUUGGUUUAAUUGGUUUUCGGUCAAACGCAAACCUCCUUCUUCACUUAGUUUGCAAUUAUAAAUUACUAACCAUAAAACUAAACGUUAGCGUACAUGACAUCCCCUCAUUCACAUUAACAUCUCUAGUUCUCCCUCAUAUUUUACAAUUUAGUAGUGUUAAAAACACUUAAAAUUGCCACAUUACUAAGUCGGCUGAACUAAGGUCGCAAGGUCUAAGGUUCGUCAGAGGAUGGGGACCUUGGCUCGACGCUUGUGUGGUUUGGCAGGCGCUGGCCUGGUUGGAUUCGGCGGAGGCCUGCUCAUAUCAGAAAGAAGUCGAGGAGAGGACUGGGGACACUUUGCCGCAACUCCGCUCGACCCUUCUUCCUCCAAAGGAGAAGAACCAACAUGGUUGUCGGAAGGCACAUCAAAAACAUCACCAAGUCGUGUCUCGCAGAUAAUGAAGUGGGGUUUUCCUGGAAUGGAUAACGUUCGCUCUUUUAACGAUUUUGUGGUCAGUUAUGAUCGCAGGAAUCGGGUUCCCCACUGGGUCGCCGAGCACCUUACAUCAUCCUCCGUCAAAUUCAACCCAGGAGUGGAUCGGGCAAAGUGUGAAUUCCACGAGGACACCUCCAUCCAUCCAUACUUUCGAAGUACCAAUACAGACUACAAGGGUUCAGGGUUGGAUCGGGGUCACCUCGCUGCCGCGGGUAAUCACCGCCUCUCCCAAUCCUUGGUGGAGGAAACGUUUGCCCUCUCCAACAUGGCCCCUCAAGUGGGCAAAGGCUUUAAUCGGGACGCUUGGAAUAGACUCGAGAAAUAUGUACGUGGAUUGACGAAAAGGUACGACAACGUUUGGGUGAUCACAGGACCUCUUUACCUUCCGCAGCGUGGAGAGGGUGGCCACUAUUGGGUCAAAUAUCGUGUAAUAGGGAAGAACAAUGUAGCAGUCCCUUCGCACUUUUUUAAGGUGGUGGUUGGAGAAGGACGAGGAGAAUUGGACUUGGAAGCUUACAUUAUGCCCAAUGCUCCCAUCGAUGACAAGGCACCGCUCGAAGCUUUCAGGGUACCCCUGGAUGCAGUAGAAAGAGCUGCAGGACUCCUCUUUUUCGAUAGGGUACCCAAAGGUGGAUUUCGACAGAUUAACGGACGGAGGAGUUGAUGAUAGGUCAACUUACGUUUUUAAAUACUGCCAUGCAUGUCAAUAAAUUUCCUAUGCCUUUAUGCCCAUAAGCAAAAUUUUAUAGACUAUGUGACGUUCAAAAUGAAAAAAAAAGUUCCUUUCCACGUAAUCAAUUUAAUGAAUUUUAUUUAACUUACAAAUGUGCGUACUCACAAAUAUAUGACUCCGUUCAUACAGUAUACGUGUCAGUAAUAAAGAAGACUUUACAUUUAA